AAUACAAAUCACAGCUGCAUUUUCAACUCAGAAACACAAAUUAUAAUAAUAAUAAUGUAACCACAUUAUGUGAUGCCAGCCCUUGGAUGUCCUAUUUGCAGCUAUACAUCGCCACCUUGUGUCCACCGAGUGCACUCUAAAGCACUCCAGCAGUGAUGGUAAUUUUGGCAAGUCACAGAUUUCACAAAGUAGGAUUACUCCACAAUGACCAAAAUAUUUUCCUAUUCCAAGACAGCAUAGUACAAAACUUGGUCUCAUGAAAGCAAAUACUUUGAAUACUUUCCCAAAUCACAUAGAGUUUGUUUAGCCGCUCUGGAGAUGCCCUGUUCUCAAACUGACGUUUGUUUCCUGUUAAAUCGACGUCAUGGUUUUAGAAAAAAGUGGGUUUGACUCUCCCUGUCAUACACCGAUAAACCCUCCAUGUGGGCUCAGACCCUCAAACAGGCGCUGCACAUUUCAAUUGGUCGCUGCACCAACAGGGGCGGGGAUAAACACACGUGUUUUUAAAGUAUGUCUAUGCAACGAGAAACAUCUACUUCAGUAUUGCUGGAGAUGGUUAUGGCAGAAUUUGCGGCGCCAGGCGGGAAGCUAAGUGAACCUAAUAAAAGAACAGCAACAAUAAAAGGGACUCAUUGUGCAUGUGUGGAGCAUAUUGGACUCAUAACAACAAGGAAACGGACAAUUUGCAACGCAAUGACCAACAGCCCACUUCCCUGAUGAGGUCCAAAGCAGCCAUCAGAUAGGAGUGACCUGCCCUCACCAAAGGUGCACAACACGCCUGCAGCAGCACAGACCCGCUCCCCACUUGUCCCUGCAGGAUCUAGUCCUGUUGGCCACAUUUUUCUUCUUGAGUUUGUCCCCAGGAUCAUUCAAAACUGUUUCUCCAACGCUUCUACCAAAAACUUAGACUGUUUUCCAAAGCAGAUUCGGCCCAGCCCUCCCAGGCGGAAGUCAUGGGGAGUGUGCGAAGCCACCGUUACAGCAUUGUGUCCUCUGAGGAAGAUGGCAUGAAGCUGGCCACUAUUGCCGUACCAAAUGGCUACGGAAACGGCAAUGUCAACAAGGUGCACACAGAGCACCAACAUCAGAGCCGCUUCGUCAGGAAGGAUGGCCACUGCAAUGUGCAGUUUAUCAAUAUGAGUGAGAAAGGCCAGCGGUACCUGGCAGAUAUCUUCACCACUUGCGUGGACAUCCGCUGGCGCUGGAUGGUGCUCAUAUUCUGCCUUUCUUUCCUGCUGUCGUGGUUGUUCUUCGGCUUUAUCUUCUGGAUAGUGGCCCUCUGUUAUGGGGACUUAGAAAAUGAGACUCAGAUGUGUGUUUCCAAUGUGGACAGCUUUACUGCUGCCUUCUUGUUUUCAGUGGAGACCCAAACUACUAUUGGCUAUGGUUAUCGCUAUGUGACGGAGGAGUGCCCCGUCGCAGUCUUUAUGGUCGUCUUCCAAAGCAUUGUGGGAUGCAUCAUCGAUGCUUUCAUCAUCGGUGCUGUCAUGGCCAAGAUGGCCAAACCCAAAAAGAGGAAUGAGACCCUGGUGUUCAGCCAUUAUGCCACAGUGGCCAUGAGGGAUGGUAAACUUUGCUUGAUGUGGCGCGUGGGGAACCUUAGGAAGAGUCACCUGGUGGAGGCCCAUGUCAGAGCCCAGCUACUCAAGUCCCGCACCACUGCAGAGGGAGAGUUCAUCCCUCUGGAUCAGGUAGACAUUGACGUAGGCUUCGAUAGUGGCAUUGACAGAAUCUUCCUGGUAUCUCCAAUCACCAUUGUUCAUGAGAUUGAUGAGGACAGCCCGUUCUAUGAGAUGAGCAAACAGGAGUUGGAGACGACAGAGUUUGAGAUCGUAGUGAUUCUGGAGGGCAUGGUUGAGGCUACAGCCAUGACAACCCAGUGUCGGAGCUCUUACGUGGCCAGCGAGAUCCUCUGGGGCUAUCGCUUUGAGCCAGUGCUCUUUGAAGAAAAGAACUACUACAAAGUGGACUACUCUCGAUUUGAAAACACGUAUGAGGUGCCCAGCACACCCCAAUGUAGUGCAAGAGAACUAGCUGAGAGGAAAUCCAGCGCCUCCAACUCGACGAGGAACUCCUUUUGCUACGAGAAUGAGGUGGCUCUCGAAAAAGUUGACAUGGAGGAGGAGUUCGAGGAGGAGAACGAAAUCAGGGAGAUAAAGGCAGUUGAGGUCGGUGCACUUGAAGACACAAAUACAGAUGUGGUGUCAGACUCUGAAUGCAAUCUGGACUCUUUGCCCUUAGAAUCAAGGCCUUUGACAGCAGAAUCUGAAAUAUGACUGCAGGGAUAAAGACAGUUAAAUACUACCACAUGGUAUUUUAAAACUUUUACAUUUUACCCUGAUGGCUGUUGUUUGUUAUGCAUGACUGUUUGUAGCUUGAGUAAGAAGUUCUCUAUGCAGAAGCUCACGGACACAACACCACCGGGAUCCAGAGAUGCUAUAUUGUUUAUGAUGAAACUGGUGAUAAAUAACAUGGUUGCAUGGAUCUAAAAGGAUACAAUUGGUUAAAUGCCUUCAGUGACACACUGUGCAGUGUGCCCUUCUUAAAAAGGUUUUGUAGAAUAGCCAGUCGGGUUCAGAAAAAUAGUUUCAUGGAAAAAACUGUUCAUAAUUCUAAAAUGCAUGUUUUUCCUGGGUAUAAUAUGUAUUUUUAGUGGCCUAAACGUCACAAAAGGUUGUGACAAAAUAAAAAUAUAGAUUAAAAAAACAUAUUUGAAUCUGAAACUUUGACACUUAAAGGCCAAACUCCCACCAUAUUUUUUUUUUUGUCAUUUCACUUUAAUAAUGUUGGCUACUAAAAAUAUGUUGACUCAUUAAACCACCUGCACAAAGGCCGCUGUUAAUGAGCUGGUCUCUUAGCAAAGUAUAAUAACAGUUAUCUCCAAUGUGGUCUGGCAUGGCGUUAUUCUAAUGGCAUGAAGCAGGAAGCAGAAAAACAAAUAGCUCACACAUGGCAAGUCUCCAAAGUUCACUUAUUUAUUUCACCCAAAGAGCCCUGUACUGUGCAAGCUAUUUAUUCAUUUCCUGCUCACCCUCAACUCAUCACCUAUCAUGUUAGGUUUGGAUGUGCAUGUACACUCCUAUUCGCAGGAAAGAGCACACUCUUCUCCUCAGCCCAUCAUAUUGUCGAAGUAUAGCAUCUCUUGCAACGUGUGCCUUAACAAAUGUCUCCGUACUGGUGGAGGCACUCUGAGCACACACUGCAAUAGAUGUCACAGGAAGUGUAUGCAUUAAGAAGAGAUUCACUGUGAAAUGUAAGGCCACUCCUGAAGGUCUUUGCAGGACUUCAUGUUCUUACGGGCAAUACAGGUAGUGGAAGAGCGUUACAGGAAGCUCAAUGGUGAGAUGAGGUUCUGAAUGGUGAUGAUAAGUGCUGCUAAGUUACAUAUUGUAUGUAUAGAUGGAAAUUUAGGAGCCAAAAUGUAUUAUUUGUCCUUUAAAGUAUGGAUUUUGAAGAGUGCAGAUGCAGCCUAUAACGUUAUUGCUAGAUAUAGACGAGCAUGAUUCUGUCAGUGUGUUUUCCAAAGCUUUAGUGCACUUUUAUUCCUGACCAGAGAAUUCCCCCAACUUCAGCAGAAAUUAAACACCCAAAGCCAAAUGUGUAUAUACAUAUAUAAGAGACAACAUCGUAAAAAAAUCUGUUCGUGGAUGCUGACCUAAAAACUUUAGCUUGGAGCUCAUCUAACAGUGGUUGGUCGUUGAAACAUUGCAUUAAUUGAGAUGAUGUUGACAUAGUCUGCUUUAUUUAACAUCCAUGUUUUUGGUGUGGAAGAGGUGCAGAAUUUGGACUCAUAGUAGUUUCCCCUCACACCUAACCACCGCAGGUCUUGUGAAGUUAUUUGUUAUGUCUGAAUGAACCUUUGUUGAUAAAUGGUUCGGUCAAAAUGCAGCACACAUGACUUCAGUCUUACAUGAGGUUGAGCUACAAUGCUUGAACUUUUAUUGUGACACAUUCAUGCUUGGAUUACAAUUCCACCUCUCUGUUAAGGAAAUCAUUAAAUUAAAAACAUUUAAAUUGUUCUCACAUUGACACCUCUCCUGGCUUAGGUCUUUAUUUUUCUACCAAAGUCCUACUUCCUUCCUGCACAAACCAGAGACUGUACAGACUUUUUUAUCUUUUGUAAAUGAUAAUGCAAACACUGUAUAAUGAUAUUGCAGUUGGUUAAAACGGUUUAUGUCCUUUUUUCAAUAAAAAUGUGAACAAAAAAUCAUUAUAAAUUGUGCAUUAAUUGUAAAAAGGUACGAUUCAGUGGAUGAUACUUUGUCUAUGACCUGUACAUUUAUAAUUACUUAGACUCCCUUGAGCAUUUCAUCCUCAUUUGGUGCAUUUUGACCCAAAAUGUGUGACAUCUGGAGGCAGGCUCGACUGUUUUAGAUGUGCUCCUCUAAUUUGGAGAUGUGGUCAAAAUUCCAGGCUGUUAUCCAUCAGAGCUCACACCAUCAUUACCUUUAUUUCACCGAACUGAAUCACUCCAUUCUGUGAAGGCCCACCGCGUCCCCCUGCUAUAUCAGUCGGCUUGGCUGGAAGUAUAUAUUUUUUGUGACAGCAAUGAAGAUAAUGCCUGAUUCAUUUCUUCAAUUUAUUUAUUUUGAUUUUUUAUAAACUGUGGACAAUAAAGGCAUUCU